AUGAUGAACGUGCCCCUCAUCUGCGACUACGGCUCCGGCUUCAGCAAGGUGGGCUUUUCGGGAACCGAAGUACCCCAGGCUGUGUUCCCCACCAUCCUCGGGAAACUUCGGCAUGAUAAUCUGUUGGUGGGAAUGGAAGAGAAAGACUGGUUCAUCGGAGAUGAGGUUCAGAAAAAAUGGGGGCAACUCAACCUGCAGCGGCCCAUCUCUCGGGCGACCAUCACCAACUGGGACAACAUGGAAAAGAUCUGGCAUCACUCCUUCUACCAAGUACUCCGCAUCGCUCCAGAGCAGCAUCCUCUGAUGGUGACAGAACCGCCUUUAAACUCGAUGUCCGUCAAAGACAGGAUGUCGCAGAUCCUCUUUGAGAGCUUCAACGUGCCUGCCCUGUACUUAGCCAACCAAGGAGUCCUUUCUCUGUACUCCUCCGGCCAAACCUCUGCUGACCGGGAGUACGUCCGGGACGUGAAAGAGAAGUGUUGCUAUGUGGCUUUGGACUUUGAUAAGGAAAAGGAGGAAGCCAGCCCCCCUUCCAGUGCACAGAAAUAUCAGCUGCCUGAUGGCCGGGAGAUCCACCUUGGGCAGGAGAGGUUUUUCUGCCCCGAAGCACUUUUCCAGACAAGCCUCAUAGGGAGAAACCGCCCAGGCAUCCACCUGACAGCCUUUCAGAGUAUCAGCUCCUGCAGACGCGGCCUCUGGAAGGUUCUCUUUGGCCACAUCAUACUGUCUGGAGGUACCAGCUCCUGUUUCGGCUUGCGGGACCGGAUGCAGAGAGAACUCUGCUCCCUCGUUACCCCUGCCAUCAACGUGAAGGUGUCCGCCUCUCCGUACUCCUCAUACAGCGCCUGGGUGGGUGGUUCCAUCCUGUGCUCACUCUCUACCUUCAAGGACAUGUGGGUCACCAACGACGAGUACAAGGAGAUGGGUUCCUCUGUCGUCAGUAGGAGAAACUUCUGA